AUGCGUGACCUGAAACUUGUGUUUUGGCUUCCUGAAGGGAGAAAUUCAAUCACCUCAACCAAGGCCUACUCAAGCGGUGUGCAAGGUGGACGGCUGCCGCCCUGCUAUACUGCCUGUGUGACACAAGCCAAACCCUGUAUUCUACUUGGCAGCGGCCCUGUUUUCCCCCACCUUUGGACCAGUGGGGGUCAUCCUGGUCCAACUUGGGGCCUUACUAGCAGCUUUCACAGCUAUUUGUGUCGGAGAACUCACUUACAAAAUAAGAUAGCGGCUGUGCCCAAUCUACACUCUGUGGAGAUAGUGGCCUCUCUCGGGGCUUUUGAUGGACAACAAUAUAUGAGUCACACAUGGUCCCGGUCCAGGGCCCUUACAAUUGACACCGAGGCCCGGAGUGGAAAGUAUAGGAGACCCAAAAAGCUGGGCUAUGUUUUUGGCAAACCGCCUGAUGUAUCCGCUGAUCCCACUCACCACACUUGGUGUUCCACUCCGCUGCUGAUCCUAGACAAGUCACUCCAUGGCAUCAAUCUUGGUCCUGAAUCAGGGCUGGCUGUCAAGUCCUGCAUCUGA